AUGAAGCAAAGUUUCCGAACCUCAGGGCUAGUACGCUUUUCCUAUCAUCACACUAUGAUCGGAUCUAAUUUUUCCAAGAUAAACAAGAAUGUUCUUCAACAUCAUGAUACAUUCUGCAACGUUAAAACAUUGAUCAAAAAUUAUUUAUUUAAUCCAUUACAAUACUUUUCAUACAGAGCCUACAAUCCCAAAAAUACAAAUCGGACAACAGCUCCGAAUUUUGAAGUUCUAUUAACUGAGAAUGAACCACCCGCUAACUUUGCAUAUCAACAUACUUCGGAUCCAUCAACCGGCUUAAUUGGAUUAAACAUAAAGUCUUUGGAAGAUUUUGAAGUGUUAAUGCGAAAUGCCCAUAAACGUUGUGAUGAUUUACGGAACAGUAUUGUAAAAUUGAAAGAAGAAGAUUGUACUUCUAAAAAAGAAUAUGCUGAAAAGAUUUUGGACAUGUCCGACGAAAUUUCAAAUCAGCUCUGUCUAUUUCUUGAUGCAAUGGAAUUCAUUCGAUGUGUUGAUCCUAGAACCGGAUUUAGACAAAAAGCUGAUGCCGUACACACUGAAUUCUCCCAAUAUCUCCACAAAUUAAACACAGAUGUUGUUUUGCAUCAGAAAAUCUUAAGCGUGGUCAAAGAUAAGUCGCUCGUAGAGACUUUAGACCAAGUUCAGGAGAGAUGUCUUCGCCUACUUCAAGAAGACAUGGAGAAACAUGGUGGUGUCCAUCAACAAAAAGAGGAAGACAAAACUGUUCAGCUACGCUCAUAUAUGGACACAUUGUCAUAUUUAUUCAGUGAAUCAGUAUCCAAGUACAACAACCUCGAAUCAAAUGAUAUGAAGUUUAUAGAAGUUAAUCCAGGAGAUGUUUUAUUUAAGAAAGGAGCCAAAUACCUGUUUAAGAGUGAUGACAAAUAUUAUGUGAAUCCAAUUUAUUAUACAAAUCUAUUAGUGAACCAGAAAGAUGAAGCAACUCGAAAAAUGAUUUAUCAAGCCAAAUUUUCUUCAUCAGAAACCAAUCUCUCAAUUUUAGAUGAGCUUCUAACAGCUAGAGACGCCUUUGCCAAAGAACUCUCUUAUCCAUCCUAUGCACAUUGGUUUUUGCAUGAUCAGUGUGCUCGCACUCCAGAAAAUGUGAUCAAGUUCCUCACAGACCUCUCAAAAAGUAUAAAACCAAAAGUAGAACAAGAGUUAAAAAUUUUGAGAGAAAUUAAGAAGAGCGAUGACAUUUAUGAAUGGGAUCUUUAUCAUUUAAGAAGUAUUGCCAUCCAAAGGAUUGAAUCACCAUCCGUAUUUGUCUCAGAUUAUUUUCCUCUUCAUAAGGUGAUGGAAGGAAUUUAUAAUAUUUGUUUGAGUUUAUUUGGAGUACAUUUAGAACCAAUGAAAUUGUCUCCUGAUGAAUCUUAUCACUCUAGUGUAAGAAAGCUUGCAGUAGUUCAUGAAACGGAAGGAUUACUAGGUUACAUUUAUUUGGAUCUUUUCAGCCGAGAGUCUAAGAAUGUAGAGGCCGCCAACUUUAGCAUUCGAUGUGGAAAAACAACAAUUAAUCAAAAACCAGUGACAGCCCUUGUGUGUAAUAUUGAUCCAACAGUGGUAGACAACUUCUCUGCUGAUCGUGUGUAUCUUCUCUCCCACUCUGAAGUGACCACUAUCUUCCAUGAAUUGGGCCAUUCUCUUCAUGUGAUUUUUGGACAAACUCCUUAUCAAAAUCUAUCUGGUACCAGAACAAGUAUUGAUUUUGUUGAGACGCCUUCUCAAUUUAUGGAACAUUUUGCAUGGGAUUACAGAGUGCUUCAAACAUUUGCAAGGCACUACAAGACAGACGAACCAUUACCACUCUCUCAAUUUGAAUAUUUAAAGAAGCGAAAGCAAAUGUUUACUGGAUUGGAUGUUGAGGAGCAAAUCAUGUUUGGACUCAUGGACAUUACCUUCCAUUCAGGAUGGCCCAUUAUCGACCCAGUGACCAGAACCAAAAAGUCAACAUCCCAAGUAUUUGCCGAGUUAAAACAAAAGUAUGCUUCGAUUCCAUGUUGCGAAGGCACAUCAUACCCAGGUCAAUUCAUUCAUUUCAGUAACUAUGGAGCUGGUUAUUAUUCCUACCUCUAUUCUAAGGUUUUUGCUGAUCACAUGUGGUACAAGUUCUACCAUCCACUCGAGAAUCCAUUGAACCGAGAGGCUGGAGAAAAAUUCAGAAAAGAAGCAUUGUGCGGAGGAAGUAAGGAUCCAACCUUAAUUGUUCGAGAUAUGCUUGGUGAAGAACCCAAUCCUUCCUAUUUUUUGAAACAGUUUGAUUAA